AUGCUCAGCAAAUCUGUCCUUGUUGCCGCUGUUCUUGCGGCCACUGCCAGCGCUGCACUGGACAAGCCUGCCCUGACCCCCGACCUCGACUAUCUCCUUGACGGAAACACAGCCAACCUCCCUCAGAACGGGGGAGCCCGCUGGGGAAAGUGGGAGGCCGGUCUGAUCCCCGAGGACUGCAAGAGCAUCGCCGAGGGCCAGGAUCUCAACCCCGCCGACUUUGAAGUCUACGACGUCUUCUACGACGAUUGCCAAGAUGCUUGGAGCUUCUGCCGUCACAAGGACUCAUCCGAAGACCUGGAAACCUUCGUCAACACCUUCGGCCGUGUCCCCGUGAGAAUGCGCAGCUGGGUCCGUCACCUCCUGUCCAUCCCCGGUAGCAACUGGGCCUUCAACUCGAACGGAAACAUUGCUCUGUCUGGAACGACGACCUCCAACUUGGACGUCUGUCUCCACGAGACCGGACACAGUCUCGACCUGCUCGGUGCUUAUGUCGAUGGCGCUUUGUCUUCAACCCAAGAAUGGGAGGACGCCUACAACAAGGACUCGGCCGUCCCUGACAACUACGCCCGCACCAACCAAGUCGAGAACGUCGCCCAGAACACCGUCGUCGGUAUCUACGACAAGGUCGUCCCCGGCGGCUUCCCCGGCGUGCAGUCCGACUCCCAGAAGAUCAAGAACCAGUACACCCUGCUCCAAGACAAGGCCGGCGAGCAGAUCCUCCCUGGCGGUACUUGCGACCGCCACCUCCAGAACUCGGCGACGGUCUCUAUCGGCGGGUCGUCGUCUAAGCGCGACGCCAAGGUCGUUAAGGCGCGCGAGGCGCACGACUCUGCGCUCAAGGGAACGUAUACCAACAUUGUCAAGGAGUUUGCUCCUUUCAACACCAAGGACUUCCAUGAGCAGCACUAG